CCAAUGCGCUGCUGAGCAGCCGGAUCUUGAAUGUUGUCGUCUCAGCAAACUUCAGAUACACAUGCUCAGAAUCAUACCUGGGACACGCCUCUGCGCAUCGCAGGAAGGCUUGGACACGGACUAUAGUGGUGUCAGUUAUCGGAAAAAGUGAGGAAAUGAUCGAUGUUAACAUCAGCGGCAUUGUAGCAUCGUCCUCAUGCUGGCCAGGCAUGUCUUUCGGCCAACGCCGGGCGAGGCGCUGGCCAAUCAAUCAGUAAUCGCAUAUCGGCCGACACCGAAGAGACCGCAAGGACACACGCACAUAUAACAUGCUCCAAACGAUCAAUGAGCCCGUAGUAGGUGAUUAAAUGGAAACCUAGCGAUGGGCCCGACGAAGUACACCAAUCGCGCGAUUCCGCGCAUUUCGUUGAAAGACUUCGAAGCCCGUACGGACGAGAUCACAUCUCAGCUCGUGCGCGCAGCCGAAACAGACGGCUUCUUCUCACUGACCGAUACUGAAAUCAGUGUGUCCGACAUCAAUGCCAUCUUCGCCACCUCAGAGAGUUUCUUCGAUCUGCCCGACUCCACCAAGGUUACGGUACCCUUCACGCACAAGAAUGUCGGCUGGGAGAAGCGUUCACAGGUACGGCCGAGCACUGGCUUCGCGGAUCAAAAGGAAAGCUACCAGCUCCAGUUCGGCGAUAACAUGGCCGACAAGUGGAUCGCCGAGGAUGCUUUGCCCGGCUUCAAGGCCAGCGCCCAGCAGUUCAUGCAGAAAGCGCAGGCUGUUAGCGAGAAGUUGAUGUUGUGUUUUGCCCGCGGUCUUGGCUUUCCUGACGACUACUUCAUCAAGGCGCAUGACGUGACACGACCGGAUUGCCAGUCCGUGCUUCGAUUGCUGCAUUAUUUCGGGAUUGACGAGUCUGCAGGUCCGCUGCCUGAGACGUACUACAGAGCAGGAGCACACGCUGAUUGGGACCUCCUUACACUCCUGUUCCAACGACCUGGUGAAUCAGGACUUGAGAUUUGUCCCGGACGUGAGGUUGUGACUUCAUUCGGCUACGGUGAUAGUUGGAGCAAGGUUGAGUUCCAGGAAGGUGACAUCGUCUGCAACAUAGGCGAUCUCCUCAUGUCUUGGAGUGAUGACAGGUUCAAGUCAACAUUCCAUCGUGUCAAAGCGCCCACAGACCAGGGCGAUUACUCCGGGCCGCGUUACAGCAUUGCGUUCUUCAAUCAACCGUGCAUCGACUGCAAUAUCCAGGGACCCUUGAAGAAGUACCCAAUGGUGACUGGCGCGGAGUUUACGAAGGCGGCUAUGGAGCGGAACUUUGCGGCGUUGAAAGCGAAGCAGCAGGAGCUGAGCCAGACGGCGACGAAUGUGCUGGGUUCCGUGGCCGCAGUAGCUGCAAGUGCUUGAUAGCAGAGAGA